CCGCCGCACCGCAGUUGCACCGCGAACGUCCGCGAAAGCACACGCGAAAACUCACGUCCGACGUCGCGAUCGUGUAGAUCUGUCGAUACACGACUUCGUGCUCAUACUCGAAUUGCACUUAUUCGUUGAACGGUCUGAGGAAUUGUUUGCACAGAAUACACAUAGUGCACGGUAAAGAGUGUAAAGUCAGUGAUAAGAUGAUGUUGCGAUUCAAUAACGGAGCGGACGUAUGAGGUUGAAAGACUGUCAUAGACUAUUCUCAUAAAAUAUGCAUUAUGAAAGACACGGUCGAUAAUAUCAUGAAUGUUGCAAACGGAACAAAAGUGCUUUUGAUCGAUAUGUUCGUGAAUUAUUUCCAUGUGCCUUCGAAAAACUUUCCACGGUGGAAAAUUUCGGAAACGUCGAACGAGAGUGGAGAAAAUCGUCGCAGGAUGCAGAGCAGAUGAGUACCUUUUUGAUACAUCAAUACUUUAAUUAACGGUUUUAACAUUGGUGUAAUUCACGGUAAAAUCUUUCGAAAAUAUAACACGUAGGUAUGGGUUGCAAUUAUGCAUUUUAUAAUAUUUCUAAUGAAUUAAAUACUGUUAAUAUCAGAUUAAUUUAUCAAAAUUUAUCGUAAUUAAAAAGUUACUGCUGAUUUCUUGAUAUAUUUUUCAUGAAUAUUUUCUCGUUUUUAUUAUUUGAGUGAGUAAUUUCACUCAAUAAUACUCGGAGCAAAAAAUGCAAAAUGAGCAAUUCGUUAAAACAAGUACCACGCGUUACAUUUUCGAAAGUUCGCGUACAUGUAACGAAAGUUAUCGAUCAGGAAUGGACUUUUGUGUCCAUUCCAUAAUUUGGCACAGCACAACGUGGCUGUAGUAAUUACAAAGUAACUUUUUGACGAUCGACGGUUAAUGCGGGUAAUUGUUACUUUUUCAAGUUUGAUUAAUUAAUUAUUAGCGGAUUAUGAUAAAGAGUCCAUAUUAUAAUUUCUCUUUUGCCACUGCCUUGAUAUUUGCAUAUAAAUUUUGUAUUCUUUUCUCAAUGAUGAUUAUCUCGAAAGGAAAAUCGUAAUUUCGGCAUUCUGGCUGUUAUUACUUUCAUAUUUGCUUUAUUUGUCGCUAAUUAUACGUUGGCUCGAUAUGCAAGAUAGUGCGGGAUACGUAUAUUUUCACGAUUCAGCUGCGAUAUGAACGCACGAAUAUGCAUAUGCUGCCACGCCUGUUUUGCAACACGCUCGGUCGCGCAACAAAAGGCGAGAGUAAAUGGGAACUUUCGAGCGGCGGUAGACUGAUUUAUUGUCGAAUUGACUAUUCAUCUCCUUCGCCGGAACAUGCAAUUUAAGGAGUCACACGGUCAUUAGUCCGCACCGCGGAAACACCAGUCGCGUCUUAAGAAAAUGAGGAAAAGAGAAGAAAAGCUGGCUCCGUCGAUCGUCAGAGAGUUAGUGGCGAAUUCGCAAAUGGAGAUCGGAAAUGUUCGAUCCAGCGAGAUCCCCUUUUAUUCAGGCCGUAUUAGAAUCGUACUUGGAACGGAGCUGAAACCCCAGCACGAAAUUAACGCUGAGAAAGGCUGCUGGGGUGUCGACGGUUCUAUUUACACGACGGUGUCCCGUCUUGUGUACGGAAGAAGAUAAAGCUCUCUCUUUAAACAGUGAGAAACUUGAAGAAUUUCCUCUUACGACUUAUGACACUCGUAUUACCCGAAAGCUCUGUCAUAGAGUUAUUACUGUUUAAAGAAUUCAUGAUGGUUAAUGUGCGAGGAAGGAGGUAGUUUAAUAUUAAAUCAGCCGCUCUCCCUCCCUCUCCCGUUAUGAAUCCAAUUUGCCGUCAUAUAUACUCGAGUAUCUAAUUAACACUUAAUUUUGCAAUUGAUCAGAAUUGGUUCAUUGCUAGUAAAAGAGGGAGAGAGAGAAAGAGAGACAGAGAGACAGAGGGUUGACUUAAUGGGAAGCGCGGAGACUAGAACCAUUGAACGCGAAAAACGGACUGUGGGGAUGAGAGAACGGCCGUACAAAAGGGAUUUAAUUGGCACUAGGCCGUGGAUUCGGAUCAUCGUAUGCGCGUCGCGAAUGUCGCACGAAUGUCGGCGGUGCGAGUCAUCGAUUGACGACCGUAAAAGCGAGCGGCACUUGGCACGGGAAUCUCUCGAUGUUUAAUUCUCGUUAUCCAUCCUUUCAUCUGCUUCCCGUUUCAUCCCGCUGCUGUCUCUUUGCUUUUCAUUUCUGCGGCGGCGAUUGCAUUAACCGUCGUUCGGCGGUGAAUUUAAAGCUUGGGUCCGGCAAGGCGCACGAUCACGAUGAUACUGUCCGAUUGAGACAACGGGUCUCUCGAUCACGAAGGACGAAGGACGAAGAGCGACGGUGAAAAAGGAACGGAUGAGCAACCGGGAAUAAAUUUAAAAACGAUUAAAGUGAAAUGUUCUGAGUAAAGAGCUUGGCUCUCGUCAUUCGUACAACUCGCGAGUUAUAAUUCUCGUUUGGAAAAUUCCUCGGAAGAUUUCUCGGAAGAGACAGAACGUCGCUGAGGGUUCUCGAACCGGGCGAUGCCGUGAAUACGUAAAUCUGUCAGUGGGUCUGUCUCAUGAUUGCGUGUAAUAUUGUCCGUGCGCGCGCAUACACACACACACACAGAUACGUACGGACACGUAUCUGGGGACGGAGGUCAGGUCGUUGCAGCGAAUUUCGUCUCCCCGUUGAGGCACGCGAAUCAUCUUCGUCGGAGAGUCGAGAUGGCAGAGAAUACCCGCGGCACGACGACGCUCUUUGUCCGAAAGCUCUUGAUCGUCGACGCGCCUUUUCGUCGAGGAGUCGACGUGCUCUGAUAAUAAAUAAUGUUUUAUCUGUCGUGCCCGGCGGAUAUAGCAUGUCGACGGAUGGAAGAGGAGAAAGAGAAAGAGAGAGGGAAUUGUAAUGCUACGAGGCGUCAAUCUGCUUUUUCGUUCGCGCAGGGUGCGACAAAUCACGUCGAGGCCGCACCGUCUGGCCGCUAACACGAGUACGGAGGAAGCUUCGACGAGACGUCGAUGGACAGCUGCAUAUUGCCUACCGUCGACGAGGACCGUCGCGUCGGUGACUUGGUGUCUGGCGAAUCGGUAAAGGACAGUAACGAGGUGGAAGUGACGUCACUGGAGGAAGCCAAGUUGGUCAUAGCGGCAUUCAGGGCGAGGCAGCGGGCGCAAGCUCACCAAAUGCUCGCCUGGCGAAGGACCCUAAAAUUGCAGGAGGACCUGGUGGCCCGAUUGACGCGGGAGAAGGCCGAGCAACUGCGGACGUUGUCGUCACAGCUUCUGCUGUUCGAGUCGAGACUCUGCAGGAAGCAGAAAGACAUCGAGGCGAGUUUGAGCCAACGAGAAUCCAUUAUUCUACGACAGCAGAGGGUGAUCCGGCAAUUGCAGAAUAGAUUGGCGGAGAGGAGCACGGGCACCAGAGACUCGCCACCUUGCGACGCCUUGGACAGAUUGGACAGUCUGGGAGAUAGCGACAGCGCCGUGGUGCUUGAGGAGACCGCCGACGAUCCUGCCCCGCCAAGGUUUCGUUCUAAUAUUACUGACGUAACUGUGAUCCGUUCCGUGUCCGAUGCGGUUGAACCAUCAAACAAGUACUCGUCGAUGCGACGGUGUAACGGUUUCCUCCGGAGACCUGAAAUCCUGGAAACCGUGUAUUCCGUGGAGGAAGAUGGCGACAGCGAAAACAAUCAGGAUCCAUCCGAAUCAACGGAAAACUCGGAGUAUGAGGACAGGAGAGCGAAAAGCUUAGGCAACGGAAAAGGGAGGCUUCAGGAUCUCUAUGGUAGUUUCGAGAGGCUGGCUCAAGAAACGGAUUCUCCGCCCGAAAGACCCAGAGAUGAGAGCCAACAGGCACAGGUGACGUACAACAGGGUAAUGAGCAAUCACAGAUCCGUGACGAAGCCAAAAGACGUAAAGUACAAGAGGAUAAAUAAGGCAAAGUCGAAAAGUCUCGAGGAACUCAGAGGACGUCUUAGAAAUUGGGUCGAGAAAGGAAAUAAAAUAACUAUAUCGUUUGAUCAGUCGUAUGCCUGAGCUUACUGUUUCCUGAAAGUGUAUUAUCAUUUUACGAAUGAGUGUAAUUUGACUAUUGUCAAAUAUGUACCGCUUGUAACUUUAAUUCUUUUCGUAUAAUGCGAUUAAUGAGCCGACUUUUGUUCUUAGUAAAGUCGCUACGAUGUAUUUAAUUGAAAUAUCAUUGCUCCAUGUGUGAUAUUUACUGUAGUAUUAUAUCUUCACGUUAAUUAUGCACCUAGGUCAGAGAUGAACGAUUCGAGUCUUGUGAUAUGAUUUUAUUAUAUUGUAAAGGCGUAGUUAGGAAGAAUUCAUUAUCUGGAAGAUAAGACUCCUUAAGUGCCAUGGCAUUUGUAACAUUUGUAACAUCACGUGUGACGUACAUACACGGUGUCAGGAAUGCCUAACCACGCGAAGUUGUAUCAUUUUAUAAUAAUUCGUUACAAUCAGACAUUUGUUAAAAGAAUUUUAAUAGAACUCAUCUCUGUUGAGUCCAUGGAAAAGUGAUUAUAACACACAAGCUCAAAGUAACAGUAGAUAUAUUAAUGUGGCAGAAUGUAAAAAAAUCAAAUAAUCUAAGUAAUAGUAAUGUGAUUUUAGGAAAUUGUUUAUGAUCAUGGUACGAAUUAACAUAACUCGAAACGUAAUAUGCGUUCGUAAGUUCGCUAACAUGUAAAUUUUCAAUUUCAAGAAAAUAUUUUCAAUAUUUCUCUCUUUCAUUUAUGUAAAUUGCGUUGUCACAAAAUUAUAAGAAAAUAUUUUAUACGGUCUAAAUUUUGAUGAUUUACAAUACUAUUUAAAUCUGUAUCUUUGAGCAACGUGGAAGUUCAUUAUGAAAAUUACAUACAUUUCUUUAUACUUGAUUACAUCAGAACAGUACAGUUUUUAUUAUUAAAUGUUACUUGUUAAUCCUUAAUUAUUACGCCGCGACAUUUCAUAAUAGAAAAUUUCAAAUUUAAUAUACACACAUGUCUUUUAUCAAAAAAUAUAUUUUUUUAAUUAUAAUGACAAUGUAAGUAAUUAAAUGUAAUUGUAGCUAUUAUAUAUAUCGAAGAAGAAUCAUGACUCGUUUUGCUUAAUGAUAAAUAUUAAGUAAACGCCUAUAUUAAGUGAAUUGAAUCCACUUUUUAAAGAAUUACGUGCAAUGCGAAAACACAUCUUAACCAAAUUGAAUUAAAUGCUCUUAAUCCGCUUAUAUAUAUGUAUAAGCAGAUGCUAUUUUUCUGCCUAUCUUUCUACAAACAGCUGUUGAGGGCAUUGUAUUUUUAACGUAAAAAUUUCUAUUUUGAUCUGUACUUGAUAUUUUAAGAAGACAUAGAUUAUGUGACGCAAAGAACUGCAUAUUUUUACUAAAACUUUACAUGCAUGUACAUAUGAUAUAAAAAUUUUUAUCUGAUGCUUUUGAUGCAAAAAGCAUAUAUUUGUAGUUGAAAUGCCGUUGCUUGACUAUCAAAAAACCCUCACAUAUGAUUACAUUGUUUCAUUUCCGAAGCUCUUCAAGUCACGCCAAAAGAAAAAAAGAUAUAACAAUUUAAAAGCACAAAAGUAUCCUGUAUUCUAAGCAGGAUUUUAUAAAAUUGAGGUGUAGUGUAUUAUAUAAAAAAUGUGAGAACUAUAUAUAAUAUAUAUAAUUUUAUAUUGAACGUAAAUGCUCUGAUGUACCGCGAUUGUCGUGCGGAAGCAUUUCGUAAGAAACAUAAGCCUUUUUAAUCGCACUAUUUAUAAUAACGUAUGCACGCGCGAUUUACGGUUCUUUUCAUAAAGCAAGAAAGUAUGCUCGAAAAUAAUAGCUUUGAUGCAAGUUGUUUGCAAUGCAAGUGCAUUUCUCUCCAUUUUGGAUGCAUUUAUUUGUCUAACUUAUUCAAUCAAUCGUGCUUUCGAGCAGAUGGUUAUAAGAAAGCUACUGACAAUCCAUAUUUUUGCAAGAUAGAAAAAAAGCGAAAGAACGAGAGCUAGUAUCUCUGACAGUACCUUUGUAAAUAAUUCGAAAUAUGGACGUUCAUGUAAGGAUAUAGAUUCCAUAACGCUAUUGUGUAGAUAGACCUACUAUUGAAAUAAUAAAUUGUAAUGUUAAAUUAAGUUUUAUGUUCCUGUGGACUGAUUAACACACAGUCAUCGAGAGAUCUCGUGCAUAAUAUAUUUGCACGCGUUUACAAAAAUGUGCACAUGCGUAUAAAAAUUAUAUGAAGAUAUAUAUGUGUAUAAAAAAAUAUAUAUAUAUAAAAUAUAUAUCGAGAGAAAUAAUGUAAUAUGUAAUAUCAGGUCUACUUAGUAAUGCGGAAGAAUUAAAAAUCUUCAAAGCGCAUAAAUGAACCGUGUGAAAUUAAAACAUCACAUCGGCUUAAUAUCAUGUGAGUAUACACGUGCAGAAGAACGAAAGCGUUGCAGAAGCGUUGAAAAGAAUCGAUAAUUGAUUUUAAUUUGUGUAAAUCGUUGUAACGUGUAUACCGUCGCUUUACUAGAAAAUGAGUAGACUGCUACCACUAUUCCGUCAUGCAAUAUUAUUUUAAUUAUUAUCGAAUUCCAAAUAAAUUAUGUCGAACGAA